GGCCAAGUUUAGCCGGCCAUCCCGGUGCCUAGAAACGAGCUCCGCCUCUCGCGUGCAGCUGCGCAUGGCCUAUUUCAUUCAUCCACUUCUUUCACCCUCUCUAUUUUUAAGUUGCUCGAGACUUGACAUCUCUGAGGUUGCUAGCAGAUCGCAUCAGAGAUAGCUAGCUCGCUCGAUCAUCCAAAACUAAACAAACAGAAGAGGAUCGGACGGGGGCCACCAUGCCGCAGUUUCGUAGUAGCCUCGUCGUCGCGCUGCUCCUGGCCGCCACGGCCGUGGCUGCCGUCGCCGUUGCAGGCAGCGGCAAGCCCGGGUUCGUCGUCACCGGCCGCGUCUACUGCGACAACUGCCGCGCCGGGUUCGAGACCAACGUCUCCCACAACAUCCAAGGCGCGACGGUGUCGAUGGAGUGCCGGCACUUCGAGACGCAGAAGCUGCACGACAAGGCGGAGGCGACGACGGACGCCGGCGGGUGGUACCGGAUGGACAUCGGUGACGACCACCAGGACGAGAUCUGCGAGGUGAUGCUGCUCAAGAGCCCCGAGGCGGACUGCGCCGAGGUGGAGCGCUUCCGCGACCGCUCCCGCGUCCCGCUCACCCGGAACAACGGCAUGGAGAUGGGCGGCGUCCGCUACGCCAACCCCAUCGCCUUCUUCCGGAAGGAGCCGCUCCAGAACUGCGGCGAGCUCCUCCGAGGAUACGACCUCUACAACGACACGUCCGAGAACCCCUAAUCUAAUUGAUGGACCACGCAUUCAUCAACAUCAAUUAUUCAUGGGUGGAUAAUGGAUAUUAGCAAACAGAUUUAAUUAAUUAAUUCCUUCUUAGAAAUAAAACACUAUUAGUAUUUUGCAUCUUGAUUUCCCUUGCAUUAUACUAUUGGUAGUUAUUAUCAACCGUACCGCUUUUAGUAGACUACUCUUGUACUAAUAACCUUACACAGACAGAAAAGGAUGGAACAAGUAUGUUGCAGAAUUAUUCUUGAUCUUGA